CAUCUCUCUUGGUCCUCAUGCACAUUCGGUAGCAGAGUGCUUUGCUUUCUUCCUUUCGAAAAAGAGCAUGGCCAAGGAAGAGUUUGCCAUAUGUUAUAGCCGAGAUUAUCUUUCUUGUCUUGCAUUAAACAUAACGAAGCCAUGAGAGAGGUCUUUGGACUUGUCAGUACUUCUACCUUGGGGGAGCAUUCUGAUUUCUCGAGACAUAAACUAUGGUCUCAAGGGUACACUGGGUCGGCCAGGGGUUGAGGUUUAUCUUCCAAACUUUGUUGCGCGUCUGCUUGGCUUCAUACAAAGUUGUCUAGCCUUCUUUCUAAUGUCCCGGAAUCGUUUUUCUUCAUGGAGAGGUGGGUUUAUAGACACUGCGCAUUGUUCGGCCGUCACUCUUUAUUAUCAGACUCAGUUUGGCAAUUUUGAGAGAUCCGGCAUGAGCGCCCGCGAACCUGAUCAUAGAGCAACUCCGACUUUCCAAGCUUGGUGGUCAACAUUUAUCAAGAAGAAACUUGGAGAGGACUUGCGGUCAACCGAGCGUAUUGCCUUGUAUGGAUUCCCGGGCUUGUUCACCAACAAAGGCAAUGGCAAGAAGAAAGCACUGGUUGCCAAGUCGAAAUCCAAAGAAAUGUCCAAGGAAGAGCAAACCUCAAAGAAACGAGGAUCAAAGUCGGGAAGAGCUUUGCCUACCAAGAAGGUAAAGAAGUCACCUGACGUGGUGGAGAGUUCGGUCACGAAUCCGGCCGACAUUAUGGUUAGUGAAGACAUAAUUUUCGAGGGUGAUAUGGAUACUAGCCAAAAUGCUCUAGCUGAAAAUCACAUCAUGUCUGGAGCUGAGGAUGCGGCCGAAACUAGUGAUGCCUCAACCAACAACACGGGCUCGGCCGACAGCGAAGGUUCGCCUGAUGAAGCACAGUCAGAAAACUUUGAACAUGAGGUAGGUUCUUGAUUUAAAGUUGUGUGUUUCUCUCGUCUUGGUUAUAUGAAUUGUG